AUCAGAGAAAAAAAAAACACACUGGCCACAAACUCUUUGCUGAAAAGAGGCAACGAUUUAUUUUUAAAACGUCGAGAAUACUUUUUAAUCCCGCAACGUCGAAGCAAAGGAAUCGAGCACGAGGGAAAUAAGAGGAUGAACGUUUUAAUUUUAUUCCUGGUUGCAUUAUCUGUGUCCUGUGUGAGAUGUGGGGAGUUAGCCGCGUCGGGAGACGAGGCCAGGGGGAAAGGGAAAUAUGCGUUGCUCAUUCACUUCUUCUACGUAGUAGCGACGAAGCUGUUCAUCCUGAAAAUCGUCUACGGCAUCAUAUUCUACAUUCUCCUAACUAAAGGAUGGCACUUCGUUCUAUGGUUUAUUCACUACCUUAAACAGAACAAACACGAAGAAUACAUAGAACACGAGCCAAUUUAUCACGAUCACGGCCAUGAGAUCUAUCACGGCUACGGCGCGCCGUAUCACGGUGGCGGCGGCCCGUAUCACGGUGGCGAUGGCCCGUAUCACGGUGGCGGGGGCCCGUAUCACGGAGACAGUGGCCCGUAUCACGGUUACGAGAGUUAUGAUUACGACAAGAAUGGAUAUGAAACGAAUAACUACGUCACCAAAAAGAAAAUUUACGACUCAGAUGGAUCAUAUUCGGUAAACAAACCUGUGGUUGCAGGGAACAGAUAUUCAAAAUUUUAGUUUCUUGAUCUUAAAGAUGAUAGUGCUAUCAACUGUACUUUACUUAUUCAGUCAUUAGUUAUGUGUCUAUUUUUUAAUAUUUUGU